AUGCAAUCGUCAUUAGGUAAUACUGAAGAUGGAAUUUAUCCAUCUUAUCGUAUACGUAAUAAUUCAUAUUCCACAACAACAUUAACAAAUCCUCCAUUAUUACAAACUCCACCACCUCUAACAUUAGCAUUUAAUAAUAAUGGUCAAACAUCAAUUCAACAAUUUCUUAAUUCUGAUAUGCUUGCAUCUAUGUCAAGAAGUAAUUCUCAACCCGAUUUAACAGCUGCUCUAAAUACUGUGCAAUCAUCUGUUAAUCAAUUAACAUCAUCAAAAUCUAUGUCUGUUUGUUCGGAUGAUUUAUAUAUGGAAAUUAAUGGUUGUAGUAGUACAGGUGUUGUUGAUGAUUUAUUUCUUGGUAUUGAAGCUGAUUUUAUUGGUACAUCGGAUUUAUCAGAUUUUUUUGAGAAUGAUUGCUUUUCCGAAUUAGAUGAUACACGUUCAUUAUUUCAACAAUUUCCUAAUCCAUCUAGUCUAUUACCUGCACCACAACGUAGUGCACCAUCAUCACCUAAAAAUCGAGCAAAAAAUCGUACAAAUAAUCAUGGAAGACAAUUACCAACAAAGUUAUGGUCAAAAAUGACAAGUGAUGAACAAACAUCAACAACAGAAGAUCUAACACGAAUUAUAAAUGAACAACUUGGUCGUCGUGAACAACUAGAAAUUAUAAGAAUAUUACAACCUGAUGGACCACAAUUAUUACCACAUCAAACAGAAUUUAUAUUAGAUUUUUCUGGUAUGAAUGAUGAUAAACAUAGAAGAAUUAAAAAUAUAAUUAAAUUUAAUUUAAUUGGUAAUAGUGGUUCAAUGAAUGAUGAAAGUGAUGGUUAUUCAUCAUUAUCAUCAAAUAAAAGUGAUCCAUUAGAUCAACGUAUUGAAAAAGCAUUAAAAUUACGACAACGUAAAGAACAACGACAAGCAGCUAAAGAACAUCGUUCGGGUUUAUUUAAUGCCCAACAUCAUCAAGUACUUGAAUUGACAAAAUGCGAUGAAGAUAUUGAAGUUGAUAUUUUAUCCUAA